AUGAUCAAGCAAAUUCCAAAAUAUGCUAAAUUUUUUAAGGAUCUUUGUGUGCACAAGAAGAAGUUAAAGGAGAAUGAGAUUAGCAUGGGAAAGAAUGUAUCAGCACUCAUUCAACUAGUUCCUCAGAAAUGUGAAGAUCCUGGAGUAUUUAUUGUGCCUUGGAUUGGACCAUUACAGCCUACAAGGGUUAUUAUUCAGUUAGCUGACCACAGUCAAACUCACCCAGCUGGAGUUAUUGAAGAUGUAUUGGUUAAGGUGAGAGAACUUAUCUUUCCUGCAAACUUUUAUAUUUUAGAUAUUGAGGGAGACUAUCUGGCCAAUAGAUCUCCACUUAUUCUUGGACGAUCGUUCUUGAAGACUACAAGGACAAAGAUUGAUGUUCAUGCGGGCACACUUUCUAUCAAGAUAGAAGAUACAGUGGUCCAAUUCAGCAUUUUCGAUGCCAUGAAGCAUCCUAGAGAGGAUCAUUCUAUUCUUAGUUUGGAUAUCUUAGAGGAGCUAGAUGGCAUGGAUUUCUUUUCAGAAAUUGAGUCAGAUUUAGAUUUUAUUGAUGUUGGUCAAGGUGAUGUGUUUUCUGCAUGUUUAGAGGAGGAUGUUUUAGAUAUGGGAGUGGAUACUAGUUCAUGUGGAUUAUCUCCAAUUGAGAACGAUGAUUUAUGCACAGGGGAUUGCUUAGGAGAAGCACUACCCCUAGGAUCGCCCAGAGGAGAAGAAGUAUGUGUAGGGAAUUGUUCAUCAGCAGCAUUACCCCUAGGAUCACUUUCUAUUGAUCAGACACAGGAUGAGUUGAAGUCAUUACCUCAACACUUGAAGUAUGCUUAUUUGGGAGAGAAUCAGAAGCUACCUGUCAUCAUAGCCCAGAAUUUAGAACCGGAAUAA